UUUGCGCUAAUAUUAUCGUAAAAAUGGAAAAGUUUGAGCGAUUUGCCUACAUAAAUUUGUGAACUGCAUCAAUAGAUAAGCCAGUUGAUUGCGUAUUUUGUCUAUAAACCAAACAGCAUCCAGUGACUGUCAGUGUUAAAGUGUAACGAUUUUGUGGAAAAGAAUUUUGAAGUUUAACUAGAAUAAAAUGUGAGAAUACCACAAGUUCAAAUUCAUUUAAGCAUAUCCAGAUACCUUUUAAGGACUAUCAGUGACUUAUAAGAAGAUAUUACUGUCACAAUGGACCAUGACUUGGAAAACUUUACAUACGAACCAAUGUACAUUGAAGAGUACGUUCCCAUUUUUCACAUGUCAUUUUAUAUAGAGGUACUAUAUGUCAUAGCCUACCUAGCCGAUCUUUCAAUGACCAUCUACCUGAUAGUUGUCAUCAAAAAAUUCAAAACCCUCGAAAAUUCACGAUCUUACAAGUACCUUUUUGCCUAUGCCAUUUCAAACUUGUGCUACAUUCUAUUGUCACAAACUAUAGGCAUGUUCCUACAAGUGAUAACAAAUGGUUUGACAAGUAGGGGCAUGUUUAUUCUUGCAAACAUAGACAACUGUUGUAUGGAAUUAGGCUUUUACAUCCUAACUUUCAUGGCCAUCGACUGGUACGUUUUUAACUACUAUAAAUGCUUCUAUGACAAUCAUUUGAAGGUUUUUAAUCGUGGAGUUUUAACAUUAUUUUUGAUAUUUCUUUUCAAAAGCGUAGUAGCUGUUGUUGUAUGUUUUCCUAAUGAUGAUAUGGAAGGGACAUUGAUGUUUUAUAUUUUCCUAGACAGUUUCAGUUUAGUUUCAUUUUAUCUAUGUUUUAUCAUGCUAACAUUUCUAUUUAUCAAAUGGAAACGUAAGACGACUUCCAAUAUUGCCAGAAAAUACGAAUAUUCUUUAAUUAUUCCGUGGACUUAUUUUAUGAUGUCUUUACCAAUGAAUAUAGUUAAUAUUUAUCCUAUUUUUUGGAGUCCUCCCUACGGUAAUGCUUUAUACGACACUAUUGACAUGUCUACCGGGAUUUUGUCAAACAUGGCACUGGUAGUAAUUGUGUUUUUGUUAGGAAAAUACGAUAAACAUUUCAAAAUGGCGUACUUGAAGUGUUGCAAGAGAAGAUAUAAAAACAAUAAUUUUCAGGAUGAAGUUUCUGAAGAUGGUAGUGAAGAAAAUGGAGUGACUUAUGACGGACAUGUUGUCAGUUUAUAGUUUUGUUUUUGUUUAAUUAUACUUUUCAUUCAAUAAAUCAUAAUGAAAUAUUUGU